CCUAUCUCCUCACACCCCACACCCCCAUUAUUUCGGCCAAACCUACCCAAGAGAGAGGGAAGAGCUCUGCAAAUGCUUACCUCCAUAGCUACAACCGAGCUCAAGGUUGAAGAAGGUCCAAGGAAGAAGAAAGAGUGAGAAAAGAAGAGAAAAACCUUGAUUUAUUAAGGAAUUUUACCGAGGCAUUCUAGACUUCUCAAGGAAUCUAGGAGUGGUCGGAAAGUCGCCGGAGCCGCCGGAGUAUUCGCCGGAAAAUUCAAAGGUCGCCGGAGUUCAAACAAAGAGGAUAAAAGCUUGCUAGCGUCAUUUCAAGGUUGAAGCUAGAGCUUACUUCAUGCACCCGUUGCUCGGGAGAUCGAUGGAGAGAAGACGUGGAAUGGGUGGUAGUGAUAGGGCGGUUCGAGGAAAUCCGAGAGGGCGCGCACCGGGGAUAGCCGGGCAAGCCAAUCGGGGGAUAUCAAGGUCGCGUAAAAGGCGAGGUAUGGGCAAUCAAGGCCCACGAACACGAGCCACGAUGGCUGAUCACAAUGUGACUGAAUUCGAGUCGUGGAACUCGGAGGAUGACUCAACUUAUCACCCUGAAGGUGAGUCAGAUGAAACUUCUUUUGAGGGAAACAGUGGAGAGGAUAUACAUGAUAUUCCUCCUGACCAAAAUUAGUGAGAUGUACCGAUGGUACCAGCGUGAAAGGGAAAGACAACGACAGAGAUCCCAGGCGGGACAUGUCAGAGACGAGACCUCUCGUAAAAGGGGUCAGGGUGCUCAUAGAGCACAUGUUAGGACAGUCAGAGAUUCUGAUGGCGAAGGACCAUUCAUUAAGAUCUCAAAGUACCUCAAAGAGGCUAGAGCCUUGGGGUGCAAACCGUUUGAUGGGACGGGGGAUAUCUCGGGAGCAGCCGAGUGGAUAAAAAGGUUAAAUGAUGCAGCCGAUGACAUGCAAGUGGCCCCUGAACAGAAGUUAAGGGUAGCCACUAGAUUAUUGGAAGGCUUAGCUUCUACUUGGUGGGAAGGCAUCAAGAGUAAGUUUGACGGGGUUGUCACGUGGGACAACUUCGAGCAAGCAUUCUAUGAGCAGUUUUACACCUCUUUUGAAGUAAAUCGAAGGAGGAGGGAAUAUACAAAUCUCAAACAGGGCAAUGAGUUUACGGUGAAGCAAUUGGAACAAAGGUUCCGACAUUUGGCAAGGUUCUUGCCUGAAUAUGCCGCCAAUGAGGAUCGAAUGGCGAACCAUUUUUGGAAUGCACUGAAUUUGGAGGUACGCGAAAUGGCGACCUAUCAAUUCAACAUGACUUUUAGUCAAGUAGUAGCACAGGGACUCCAGGGGGAGGAGCUUUGGGAGGAAAGGCAAGCAAGGGGUGCCAAGGAAACACAAGAAAGGGAUCAGAUGAUCAAUCAUCCUCUGCGACGAGAGAGGAAGUAUGACUUUCAAAACGAGGGGGACUCUGGCAAGUUAGUUCCGUUUUCAAAAGGGAGCAAGGACUGGGUAAGUCAAAGCUCAAGCACUCGGGGCACAGGAGCGCCCAAAUGUGAGAAUUGUAGGCGGAGGCACCACGGGAUAUGUCUAGAACUAUCUAGAUGCUACUUUUGUGGAGAAACGGGCCACAUAAAGGCUCUUUGUCCUCAACGUGUACGGGAAGGAGCCUUGGGGGCCCACAGGGGAGUCACGGAGGUUGCAAACCCAACAGGGAUUGCUUCAAAUGUUUUACCAUCCACCAAUCGGGGGAGAACUCGCUCGUGAAGGCGAUGAAUGACAGAAGCCAUUUGUGGGAAUGACUAUGACAUAAGGUAAUAUUUAUUUAAACCCUUCAUUUAAAAAAAAAUUAUUAUGUUGAAAAUGGUUAGCUUCAAUUAAUGAAGGAGAAGUGUUUCUCAAGGUUAAGACGCUAAUUUCGGGGACGAAAUUCCUGUAAGGGGGGUGAACUUGUAACACCGGACCCGAAUUUUACUGUGAGAAAAUUUUUCAUCAAGUACUGGGUUAAAGAAGGUAAAUCAAGACAAAGAGUAGUCUUGAUGAAUGAGAAAGUAAAAUUUUUGUCUUAAAUUAAUAAAUGGUUAUUAAUUUAGGCGUGGGGACCACUCAUGAUAUUUCGAGUUUAUAAAAUAUUAAUGUUUAUCAAAAUGAUACUAUUAUGAUAAUAUGGAUGGGUCAUGGACCCCGGUAAUAUAAAGAAUGACAACUAGACGGCCAAGCGGGCCGGUGUCAUUAUCCGAUAAUUGUGAGUCUUUAAUUAUCAGACUGAUAAUAAUUCGGAAGGCUACAAAUUAAUAAAGAGGGAAUACAAAUAUUUUAAGAACCCAAAAUAUUGGGACGAUGAAUAAUAAUGAGUAAUUUGACAUAUUAGAGGUGGGUACGUUUGGAGGACCCUACCUUGAAGAUAUUUUCGUAUAAGAAUAAACAGAUAAGAUUUUAUCUGUUCAUACAGUUCGGGCCACUUAAAAAUAAGUGUGACAUUUUAUUAAAGUGUCACAAAAUAUGAAAACACAUAUUUAGUCAUUUGGGAUGAUGAAUGAAUUUUUAAAGCAACGUGUUCUCAUUUUUACUGUUAUUUGAACAGUAAAAUGCACGUUGGGCCCACACAUGGGCGGGGACCAUCCGAUAUUUACGGAUCACAUAUUAUAUCCAUCUUGGUCUAGAUAAUAAUAUAAUAUUUACAUGAGGUUGUAAAUAAAUGUUGAGCCAUAAAGUUGGCCUUUCGAUCAAACGAGGUCCCAUUACCGGUAUUAGUAAUUAAACAGAUAACAGCCCGAAAUUAAUUUCGGCGACCACGAAAUUAAAGUGGGAUAAUAUAUAUUCAUUCUAGAGGCCAAUAUUAAUUGGAAGAAUGAUAUAUAUUUUAUUUGACCCGAUAAAAUGAAAUUUAAUUAAAACAGUCCGGAAAAUACAACUUUCGGUACCGAUUGUACACUUUUGGACAUAAAGGGAUGACCUCCCACAUGAGUGGGGGCCACCCCACGACUUAUGGUCUCAAAUGAGUGAGGAGAGCCAUGUUGAAGUGCUGGAGAGUGAUGGGGGGAUGCAUGAGAAUUAAUUAGAAAGGAAAGGGGACCCUCUCCACCUCAUUUGGUGUUAAAGGCCAAAACCUAUCUCCUCACACCCCACACCCCCAUUAUUUCGGCCAAACCUACCCAAGAGAGAGGGAAGAGCUCUGCAAAUGCUUACCUCCAUAGCUACAACCGAGCUCAAGGUUGAAGAAGGUCCAAGGAAGAAGAAAGAGUGAGAAAAGAAGAGAAAAACCUUGAUUUAUUAAGGAAUUUUACCGAGGCAUUCUAGACUUCUCAAGGAAUCUAGGAGUGGUCGGAAAGUCGCCGGAGCCGCCGGAGUAUUCGCCGGAAAAUUCAAAGGUCGCCGGAGUUCAAACAAAGAGGAUAAAAGCUUGCUAGCGUCAUUUCAAGGUUGAAGCUAGAGCUUACUUCAUGCACCCGUUGCUCGGGAGAUCGAUGGAGAGAAGACGUGGUUCGUGCUUCCUCUGGUUCUAUUUCUAAAUAAUUAAAUAAUGCUCAUGGAACUAUUUUGACUUAUAAAUUACUAGAGCCUGCGAGCUCUUGUUUUACCCUUGUGUGGGUUCUUAUUAAACACUUAUAUUCCGCAAUGUGUUUAAUUGUAUGUUGAUGUUGUUAUGUAUGUUUACUAAUCGGUUUUGGCAUAUGUAUCUAUCGAACGUCUUGUUCAAUUCGGUAAGGAUGAACUGCGGUUAUUCUUAUUGGGUUGUACGACGGUUGUCCACGUGCCACAGACGCGGUCUGGGGCGUGACAUUAUAUAGGAGGCUCUGCCUGGCCGUCGUCAUUUGGGUCGGUUCCCGGUUGAAUUUUUUUACGAAAUGUUUUGAACAUCUUAUUCAUUAGGUUUAGU